UCUUCACUUUACCUUGGGCACUACCGAGCAGUCUUUAAUCAGCGUUACACACGGCUUUGAUCUCAUAAGUUUGUGCAAAAAAAUGGAUCCUGGUCCGCAUAUUCCCAAGCAGGCGAUUCGCAAGGACGUCGAUCUUUAUGCUGAGAUCACGGCGAAUUCAACGCGAGAUGUGGCCCGACACGUCUUGCAGAUGAUACCUCCGCUCUCAGCAGGAAUAAGAAUCCACGACAACGGAUGCGGUGCUGGUGAAGUCACGGGUGUCAUCAUGGAGAGUAGUCCCCCCGAGGGCAUCUCCAUAGAAGCUACCGACAUCGAUCAGUCGUACCUGGACAAGCUACAAGCCUCUGCGCGUGAGAAUUCGUGGCCGGUCAACGUUACAAAUAGGGGAUCUGAUCAGCUCCAAUUCGUCGACGGCGUCUUCGACCUCUCCAUAGCCAACUUUGUGGUUUUCCUCACCCCGGGUGGGGGCGUGCCGGCCGUAAGCGAAAUGCGGCGUACGCUGCGAGAGGGGGGAACAGCCGUAUUUACAGCUUGGGCACGACUGCCGCACGUUGAUCCAGUCAAAGCCGCACACGAGGCUACAAGAGGGGCGGAUGGACCUCCACUACGCGAAAUCCCCCCGGAGUGGUGGCUCGGAUCACAUCUUCAGAAGGUGGCUAUAGAGUCUGGGUUCGACGAAUCGAAGAUUGAGUUGCGCACAUGUAAAGUGUACAUAACGAUUCAGGACGAUGAACACUUGGCGCACGUGCUCUGGAGUUAUCUGGGGCCGCCAAUGACGGGGUGGCUGCCGUCUGAUGAGGGAGACUGGGACAAGGCCAUCAGUGUGAUCUUGGCAAAUUUCCAAGACACAGCGGGAUUCGCGAAAACGGGCGCGGACCGAGCCACAAGCAUUGAGCUCACGGCUAAUGUCCUGAUUGCCCAGAAGUAG